AUGAUCUUCUGGGGACACCCUUCAACCAGCGAGUCCGGGCUGGGCAAGGUACGACAGCACGUCAAUCCUUUGGGCCCGCACUUCAGGACGCCGAUCAAGGCACCGGAUUGGAAGGAAGUAUACGAGCAUCCUGAGCAGGAUCUGCACAUCGACCUUGGGUGCGGCAAGGGGAGGCUGCUUUUCGAGCUCGCAGGCAUGAACAAGGACAUGAACUACUUGGGUGUCGAGAUCCGAGAGCUCCUGGUGGCUCGAGCAGAUCGAUGGACGAGGGAGGAAGGGAGGAGAAACUGUUGCUUCGUGUACGGCAACAUCAAUGUUUCAGUCGAGAGCUUGCUGAGCAGUUACCCGGGGAAGAUUCGGAUGGUGAGCGUACUGAUGCCCGACCCAUGGUUCAAGAAGCGACACCAGAAGCGACGCCUCCUUCAACCUGAGCUGGUUCAACAGGGUGCGCAGUUCUUCGUCAUGUCCGACGUGAAGGAAUGUGCAGAGAGCAUGAUUGAGAUCAUGGAUGCUUCCCCUCUCUUCGACAACUGGGACGGGAAGUGGAUCGAGAGCCCGCUUCCCAUCGCUACUGAGAGGGAGGGCUCAUGCAUGAGCCGUGGAGAGAGUAUCUAUCGUGCGUUGUAUACCAGGUUGUGA